ACUAGCAUGACUGAGGAAGUUGCUAAAACCGCCUAUGGUCCAAUGUCGGUAGUGAUGAUAAUACGCAAAGUUCUCGUGGCCUGUAAACAGUAAACACCUACCGUCCAUUCGCCUCUGUUUCUCAGCCCAGCACCGCCUUUAACCACAACCCUCCAACAAGGCGACAACAGCUUCCAUUUUUCUUAAGAAUCCUAUUAAAGAAUCAAAUCUCAGAAGAAACCGACAUUAAUUUCGUAUAAAAACAUAGUGUUCCCAUCAUCAAGCUGCUUCCAUAUAAGUCUCAAUGUUUCAGCUAAAUGCCAGGUGCAAGUGAGAACUUUGAGACAUUCUUUAACAGCUGGCUCAAUCGCCAUGAAACUCUACUACAACAACUGCUCAACUCAAUUGCACCUGGUAAUGUUAGAAAAACAGAGCAACACAAACACUUGAUCGCCCAACUGUUGUCUCACUACAAAUGCUACUACGAAGAAAAGUCCAAUGCUGCUAGAGAAGAUGUGUUUCUUUUCAUGAAUCCACCGUGGCUCAGUUCUUUCGAAAGAACUUUGCUUUGGCUAGGAGGAUUCAAGCCAUUAGUUAUGUUUAGGUUAAUUAACAACUCUGUGACGGACUUAACACCUGAACAGAGCGAAAGAAUUGAGCAAGUCAGAUUCGAGACAAGGAUAGAAGAGAGAGCAUUGACAGAAACAAUGGCAAGCGUUCAAGAAAGCUUGGCGUCGCCGCUUAUUUUGAACUUGUCAAGGCGGUUUAGGCAGAUGAUCGACGGGGAAGUGUCGGAAAUGGAGGCAGCCUUGGAAGGGUUGAAGACUGCAAUGUUUGCACUGUCGGAGAAUGCUGAUGCGCUUAGAAGAUCGACUGCAGUGAAUUUGUUGGAAGUCUUGAGUCCAGCGCAGGCAGUUAGGUUUUUAGCGACAGCACUUAAGUUUCAGUUACAGGUGAUGAGACAAGGAUGAAGGAGGUAUUGCCUACUGCCGGUCACAUCUUCCGUUUUCAGCCAAGUAAAACAAAAAUGGACACCAACUCAGAGAACAACGCCCUGUUCUAAAAAUAUUUUCCUCCCGCCAUGUUCGCUCAAUUUUUCACUAAAAGAAAUCACAACAAUUUACCUAUUUAUUU